AUGGAAAAGGAUGAUCAAUCCAGUGUUCUUGACCCAGCGCCUGCAGAAGCUGACCAGCAGCCCAUUCCGGCACAGCCGACUUCUCCUGCGCGAACAACAAGCACCACUACGACCCCUACGACCUCAGAACGAUUGCGCACCUUCCAGGACUCAGCACUGCAUUUCCUCUCAAAUGCAAGCAACGAGACGUUAGGCGCCUGUGCUGUCGGCCUAGCCGCCUCUACGUACCUAGUACUUGGUCGACUCGGACUCGUCCUCAUAGGAGCAGUCGGCGGCAUCGUGCUUCAUGCUACGUGGGAGGGCCAGAUCGGAUCUGGUGCUGAUGGAGAGGCUCAAGAGAAACAACAGAGGAGGAGGCGGGAACUAGGCAUUGAGGUCACCAAGCGGGCACUCGAUUGGCGGGAUGCAAAGAAAAAGGACCGACAAGCUGAGACGUCUGAAGCAGACGAUGCUCUAGAUCUCACCAGCACAGAUGUCUAUGCCGACUUCCAGCCGGAGACGAGAGCAGCCUUGAACGACUUCACCGAUGCUGUCAUACGCGACUAUGUCAAGUGGUGGUUCUCGCCGCUGCUGCCCAAGGAGCAGAGUUUCCCACUGGCCUGCCGCCAAACACUCAGCCAAUUCAUCCUCACUUUUUCGAAUCGACUGUCGCGGAAGCGGACGGCGGACCCAGUGUUGGACUUCAUGGCAAACUCCACCUCGAUCAUGAUCGUCUUCCUGCAGGAACUUGGCACAGCCCUGAAGGCCUCCCAGAAUCAGGACCCUGCCACGGCUAUCCGAACGUACUUGCAGUAUCAGCCGGAGAGCAAUCUCGCCAACGUUAUCAAUACGUCGCAGCAGGAGCGAAAGUUGGACAUCGUUGCAGAAGACAUACUGCAGAACUUCCUUGACAAAAGCUCCCAUGACUGUCCACCUGUAAAAGCAUUCCUGAGAGCUGUGUUAUCCGGUCUCAUCCUACAACCAACGAUUGAUAUGUGCUCAAAACCGGAAUGGAUCAAUGGCUGGAUUGUCUACUUAUUGGAAGAUGGCGAGCCAGAGUUGAUAAACGUGAUAGACGCCGGGGUCGAGAAUAUGAAUGCCAUGGGCGCGAAGGUUCCAACAAAAGCAACAUCAAAUGAAGGCAAAAAGCAUCAACGAAGAGUCAGUCGAGCCGAAGAAGCCAUGCAGCAGGCAAUGCAGGAAGCUGAACGAAUGAACGCCAUGAUCGCCGAGGACGAGGCGCGUAGGAAAAGGGAGUCGAAUCUGGCCGAAUCAGUCGAUACACUCUCUACAGCAAAUACAGAUGGUCCAGGUCUCGCGACGCCGACAUCGUCGGAUAGCGAUCGCAAUCAGUCCGAACGAUUUUCAACUCGACCAACACGGACAUCAUUCAUAUUCGACAGCGAAGGUAAUGCCAUCCAGUCGGCGAGUGCCAGUCCGAGUCGCAAUCAAGGCCUAUUCCUAGAUGGCGCAAUGGAAAGUGUUGAGGCACCCAUCGACAUGCUUCAUCCAGAAACGUCGAUGGGGAUAAGUGCGACGGAUGGCGCCGGCGACGAGCUCCGCAGACUUUCGAGGACAUGCAUAUUCCUCCAUAUGGGCGAUGGCGACGAUCGCGCAGCACUAAGGAAAGAACCGAAAGACGACAUGUACAUGAUUCAGAUCGAGCCUGCUUCGUCGAAAUUUCCUGGCUGGAUGGUAACUCGUGCCUACACAGAUUUCACAAAGAUUCAUCCUACGCUUCUGACCAUAGCCAAGAUUUCCGGAGUACCAGAGUUCUCGCAGCAAUAUCCUGAGCUACCAUCUUGGAAAGGAGUGGCCCGAAGAUCAUUCCGGGCUAGUCUUGAAUAUUACUUGAGGGACGCGCUGAAGUACGAGCGCUUAGCAGAAAGUGACACAAUGAAAAAGUUCUUGGAUAAGGAAGUCGGCAUUUCGAAAGCGCCCACGCAGACGAAGAACGUCUUCGUCCAAAGCGGAGCGGCCUUGGAGAAUGUGGGCAAAGGGUUUGUCAACGUACUUGGACAGGGUGGGAAGGGUAUUGCCGGAGGCGGUAAAGCUGUACUCGGGGGUGUGCAAGGAGCAUUUGGGACAAUAACUUCGGGUAUCAAGAAACCCGCCACCCCGUCGAGACCGAUCUACACAACGAGGACGAACACGGGCUCGAGUGCUGGCUUAUCAAGACUAAGCCAGGACAUACCGAGAAAAAGCAUGGAGAUAUCAGAUGCAAGAAGUGAGCCUCGACCACCGAAGUCCACCAGCACUACAAGUCUCAACCACCGAUCAGGACCGUCAUCAAGAGCAUCAUCACCUCCACGAUUACUGGACCUGUCGAAUCUGCCGCCACCUCCCGAUGCCAUGUCCGACGAAUACGUCCCAGUCAAGCCAAUGACUCUCGAGACCCCUGUACGAGAGACUUCGCCCGCUCUGCUGGCUGCACCUUCGAGUCCAGACUCUGUCCAUCGCUCGACCACUGGCCCGCGGCAGUCUACAGAGGACUUGUCCCAUGCCAGACCUUCACCGAUCGCUCGCAGGAAGACCAGAACAAACCACGCCCCCAUAAACGAAGAAGAAACCCGCGUGACAAUCGACCUGAUGUUUGCAAUCAUCACCGAACUCUACUCCCUCUCCUCCGCCUGGACCAUCCGUCUUUCCCUGCUAUCCGCCGCCAAAACAUACCUUCUGCGCCCUCAGAACCCCCAACUCGAGUCCAUCCGCCUCCUAUUGCAGGAAAGCGUGCUGGAUGCCAACUUCUCCGACGCUGGGAUGGCAACGCACAUCCGCAAACUUCGCGAGAACUCAGUUCCAACAGAAGAGGAGCGGGCCAAAUGGCCAGCAGAACUGACAGCGGACGAGAAGGAAGCACUGCGCAUCAAGGCCCGGAAACUAUUGGUGGAGCGCGGCAUGCCGCAGGCUUUGACUAGUGUUAUGGGCGCGGCAGCGUCCGGUGAAGCGUUGGGUAGGGUCUUUGACUGCUUGCAGAUUGAGGAGGUGGCGAGGGGUUUGAUCUUUGCGCUCACGUUGCAGGCAAUUCGCGCUACAACGCAGUAA